CCAGGAUCCCAUUGUUUGGGGAUUAAGCUCCAGGAGCUGAAAGUUCAUUCUGAUUUGGGGAUGUCCUGUUUUGAAGUAUGCCCCAGUCUCUGACUUUUAUUCAAGAGAUCCAGCAGAGAGAGGGUGUCUAUUCAAGUUCCCCUCCCAGGCCCCGAAUGUCAGUUAAUUCAUAUAGACAAGGGGUGACCUAGUUAGGGAAUGCUAAGGCUGGUGGGGCAGUUGGGAUCCCCACCCCUCAUUCUCCCUCUGACCAAGGGAUGUCUGGCUCAUUCUGGGACGGGGGGAUGGAUGUCCAGUUCAGGAGUGCCCGGGACAGGGGGUGGAUGAGGUGGCAUUGGAGAUGGGUCUCUGGCUAGCCACCGUUGCCUGGCCUUCUGGGAUGGUGGCGGGAGGGGGAACCAGAACACUCCUCAGCCAACGCCUGCUAAUCUCUUCUGGCCGGGCCCAAGUUGAAGAGAAUCAAAUCCACCCUGGGACUCUCAGCGGAAGGUGGGGGAGAUGGAAAGGCUGGAUGGGCAGAUGUGGCUGUGGCUAGACCCCAGGCCACCCCAACUGCUUCAUCCUUGAGAGCCCAUCCCAGAAGCGGGAGCCUGAGCCACGCCCAUGGGGUCUCAGAGAGAGCCUGAGCCCUGGAGCCAACUGCUCCUGGUAAUGAUGUCCGGAGAACCCCUGCACGUGAGGACCCCCAUCCGUGACAGCAUGGCCCUGUCCAAAGUGGCCGGCACCAGCGUCUACCUCAAGAUGGACAGUGCCCAGCCCUCCGGCUCCUUCAAGAUCCGGGGCAUUGGGCACUUCUGCAAGAGGUGGGCCAAGCAAGGCUGUGCACAUUUUGUCUGCUCCUCGGCGGGAAAUGCAGGCAUGGCAGCUGCAUAUGCAGCCAGGCAACUGGGCGUCCCUGCGACCAUCGUCGUGCCCAGCACCACACCUGCUCUCACCAUUGAGCGCCUCAAGAAUGAAGGUGCCACAGUCAAGGUGGUGGGUGAGUUAUUGGAUGAAGCCUUCGAGCUGGCCAAGGCCCUAGCAAAGAACAACCCAGGCUGGGUCUACAUUCCCCCCUUUGACGACCCCCUCAUCUGGGAAGGCCACGCUUCCAUCGUGAAAGAGCUGAAGGAGGCACUGUGGGAAAAGCCGGGGGCCAUCGCGCUGUCAGUGGGCGGUGGGGGCCUGCUGUGUGGAGUGGUCCAGGGGCUGCAGGAGGUGGGCUGGGGGGACGUGCCUGUCAUCGCCAUGGAGACCUUUGGCGCCCACAGCUUCCACGCCGCCACCACCGCAGGCAAGCUCGUCUCCCUGCCCAAGAUCACCAGUGUUGCCAAGGCCCUGGGUGUGAAGACUGUGGGGGCUCAGGCCCUGAAGCUGUUUCAGGAACACCCCAUUUUCUCUGAAGUUAUCUCGGACCAGGAGGCUGUGGCCGCCAUUGAGAAGUUCGUGGAUGAUGAGAAGAUCCUGGUGGAGCCCGCCUGCGGGGCAGCCCUGGCUGCCGUCUACAGCCACGUGAUCCAGAAGCUCCAACGGGAGGGGAAUCUCCAAGCCCCCCUGCCAUCCCUCGUGGUCAUUGUCUGUGGGGGCAGCAACAUCAGCCUGGCCCAGCUGCGGGCGCUCAAGGAACAGCUGGGCAUGACAAAUGGGUUGCCGAAGUGAUGACGGACCCUUUCCGAUCUGUCCUCUCCUAGCCCAGGAGACCCCUGGAGGGGCUGGAGUUUUAUCCAGCGCCUCGAUGUAUGUUUGGUUGAGCGCCUGUGGCCCAGGUGCAGGUUAACUUCUUGUUAUCAGGAGCCCACUAUACAGAUGCCAAAGGUCGGCAGUCAAUGAGGCUAUGAACUGGACCUUUUUGGUAUCUGUGUGACUGCGCUGUGCCCAUCCUUAGCCAACUUGCUGGCAUGACAGGUGCCCACAAGUAACACACCAGGUCCCCAGAGGAGGGUGGAUGGGAGAGACCUGAAUCACAGCAGUGAGGAAUUCCUCAAAGCUGUGACCCUGCCCGAGAACUUGUUCCCAGGGAAGGUAAACAGGGCCACCAUCCAGGGUUGAGGAACCAUCUCAGCCAUCCUCCCAGGAAGCCCACCCCUGACCCUUACAAAUUUUUCUAAUAUGCAAACUUUUUCAUUGAAAAACUAAAAUAUAUUUAUGAAACAAA